GUUAUCGACGACAAGGUUUGCGUAGGCCAUAGGGACUGCAGUUGAUGAAACCUAUCAGUGUGGUGCAGCUGUUUUGCGUGUUUUUUGUUGUUGUAGUUGUUUCUGUGGACCACUUUCAUAGUCUUUGUUAUGGAACCGUGUGAAAAUGAGUCAGGACUAAACGAACAAACUGUCAUGUCUGUCUCUAAACGAAGGGCAGAGAUUAGAAGAAGAAAACUGUUGAUGAAUUCUGAGGACCGAUUAAAUAGAAUCAUGGGUUUUAAAGAUACUGGUACUGGUGUUAACGAAAAUGACAGUUGUACAGAAAUAAGGCAUCAUCGUGACCAAGAUAAAUUGGAAUCAUUCCCUGCUUCAUCCAUUUCAAGGAAAGGUGUUAUGUCUGGUGAUGCCAUGAAUGGUGUAGGAGGGACCGCUGAUCACCCCAACAUUACAGGAAUUAUUAAAGGAUCACAUGUUGUAGACCAAGGGGAUGUGUUUGGUAAGAUGUCUGAAGUUAAUGAUGGCAGUGCUGAUCCUAGACAUCGUAGUAAAGGUGAUUCAGCAUCAGAGCUUGCCCAUCACACGCCUCGGCAAGGCUUGCAGCAGUAUUUAUCCAAGUUUGAAGAGGCAAUGAAGCUCAGAACUCAACUAAUGAAUGAACAAGCAAGUUCUGAGAAUGAAAAUGUAGCGGAAGACUAUGAUGCAUUUCGUGUGUUUAGACUAGUAGGAAGUGCACUGCUUGCCAUUUUUGUUAGGGUGUUUGUAUGUAAGUAUUUGUGUAUUUUUGCCCCUUUUCUAACUCUACAACUAGCUUACAUGGGCUUAUCGAAGUAUUUUCCAAAGGGUGAAAAGAAAGUGAAAACUACAGUUCUAACAGCUGCACUCCUUUUGUCAGGAAUACCUGCUGAAGUAAUUAGUCGCUCCAUGAACACGUAUAGCAAAAUGGGGGAUGUCUUCACAGAUCUUUGUGUUUAUUUCUUCACAUUUGUCUUCUGCCAUGAAUUGCUCAUUCUAUUUCAGGGCUGACAUGCUGUGGUACAAUGAUCAUGAAAAAAAACUGACAUUACUCAUCUUACUACACUGUUAAAAAAGCCUUUUGAUAUUUUAAGUAGAUUUAAUAUGUGCGUCUUAGUACUUAUUAACACAAUAAAUAACCUCAAGUGCUACUGAAUGUAAAAUAUUUAGUCAUUUGUAAAUAUUCCAGCAAGAAAUGCAUACACAGAGAAUUAUUUGUGUUGAAGGAGCACUGCAGUCUGAAUUUCCCACAUACUUAAUAACUACAGAUAGAGAUACUUCAGAAAUAAUUGGGAGUUUAUUUGGUUCUGGUUUCCUUUGUCUUCUACUCUUAUCUGGGUUCCAAAGUGGAGUAAAUGUUUUGAUUUUAAAUUGCAUCUUGCAGAUUGCCUCCCUUAUGAAGCACUUGGGUCUAGUGGACUUGAGACUAACAAAGAAAUGUUAAUAAAAUUAGAUAGAUGAGACACAUUUGACUGAUGGGUACAAAAUUAAUGUAAAAAUGCGCAUUUUCAGCCUGAAUUUGUGUCUUUCAUUCUACUUAUAUGUACCCAGACAUCAUGCCAUACAAAGUACUGCCUUACUGAUGAAAUGAAGAGCUUACACGGGAACACUGAAGGUAGCAAGGAUGAUUGGCAUUAUGCAAUUUUAAGUUGUGUUUAAUACUGUAAAGAGUGAAAUGGUUGUCAUAGUGGCUUUCCAAGUCUUGCUUUCUUCUUUUGUGUGGGGAAAAAUCGCAAGGAACUAGCUAAAAAAGACAAUUGUACUAUCAUUUAUUUCCCUUAUUUGAGUAAAAUACUGCUUUUCAUUUCCCAUAAAUUGUGCCUUUCUUUAUGGAACACAGUUUAGGCAUUCCCAUGUAUCAUUUGCAGUAUUCUGUCAUCGCAUCUCAAUUUCCUUAAAGUGAAUGAACUUUGCUGAGAUUAAUCUUUGUUCCCUUGAAGACACAAGAAUCAUUUAUCCACAACAGUCUUUGUGUAUUUGUAUUGAGUUGGGUUUCGUCUGUUCGUUUAAUAAAUACAUUUAUACCAUCAGA